UGAAAUAGAAAUGUCAGUAAAAUUAUACUUUUUUGUAUAAUAUAAAUAUGAUAAAGCUUUGUAAGACUACUAUGUAAAGAAGAGAAUAUUAUUUCUGAAAUUUACGUGGUGAAACAUCAAAGCAAACAGUCAGUACAUUUAUAACCAUUGUAUUAUGACCUGCAGCUCAUUAUUUAUUAAGCUGCCUUGCAUCUCAUUAUUAUUAUCAGCCUGGAGCAAAGACUUCUUACAGAAUUGAAGAUAAGGACAUCAUGAUAUUCAAACCAAGACAUGAAGACAUUAAAAGUUUCGAUGGAAAUAGAACAAACAGUCACAAAACUGACACGAACUUGCGAUGAAUAUUUUUGAAACACGUCAUUUUCGAGAAUUCAAAGUCGUGCUUACUGUCCUUGGUCUGUGGCCUCCCCAGCCGCCUCUUCAGCGAAAUUGCGCGCGAGUUUUUGUAAUUUUAGCUAUUUUAAGUAUAUUGACCGUCAAGGUGAUCAAAUUUUUUAAACUUAUUCACGAUAUUGACGGUGCUAUUGAAUGCAUGCCGAUGAUUAUAGUUCAUCUUGUAAGUUUGACAAAGUAUUUAAACUGGAUCUUCAAUGCUGACAAGCUCAAAAAAAUAUUCAUUCAUAUCGAACGCGACGGCGAGACUUUGGAAGUGAGCAAAGACGUCGAGAUCAUGGAAAAUUGGAUGAAUCGAAUUCGAACCAGCAGCGCUUCUUAUGCAACCAGCAUAUUCACUAUUUUGGGGAUGUUUUUCCUCGCACCAGCAGUGCCAAAAAUUUUGGACAUUGCCGUUCCUCUGAAUGAGUCUCGGCCUUUGGUGAUGCUGUACCAAACUGAGUACUUCGUUGAUGAAGAAGAAUACUACGUUUAUAUACUGCUGCAUGCGUAUAUGUCAGUGUCAGUUUCCGUUGUUAUUCUUGUGUAUUUCGACGUUCUUCUUGGCACGCAUGUUCAUCAUGCUUGCGCAAUGUUUACCAUACUCAGAUCAUAUUUGGAAACAAUACACCUCGAUAUUUGUAACGCUUCAGAUUCCAAAAAAUCUGAAAUGCUCAAACGGAAAAUUGUCCAUUGUAUUAAAAUUCAUAGAAAUACUCUAGAAUUUGCCGACGAAUUGGAAGCAUCUUACAGUACUGCUUGGUUUAUUAUGCUAACAUUGUGUACUUUUGUAAUUACACUGACUGGGACUGUGGCAGUUAUGAAACUCGACAAUCCAAUGGAAGCAACAAAAUUCGUCUCAUUUUCACUAGGCAACGUUUGUCAUCUCUACUACACAACUUUCAAGGCUCAGAUGAUCAUAGAGGAAAGUGAAGCAGUUUUUUAUUCAGUUUACUUUUCUGAUUGGUACGAUUUCCCUCCAAAGUACCAGCGACUCUUGAUCCCCAUUAUGAUGAGAAGUAAGACUCCUUGCAGCAUAUCCGCAGGAAGUAUAUUUGUCCUGUCGAUGGAUUUAUUCAGCUCCGUAAUUCAAAAAGCAAUGUCUUUUUUUACACUUAUAUCUUCAAUUUACUUUUCUGAUUGGUACGAUUUCCCUCCAAAGUACCAGCGACUCUUGAUCCCCAUUAUGAUGAGAAGUAAAACUCCUUGCAGCAUAUCCGCAGGAAGCAUAUUUGUCCUGUCGAUGGAUUUAUUCAGCUCCGUGGAUAAUUUAAUUUUACACAUCGAUCGUGAUGGAAAGGCUUUAAAAUUAGACCGAGAUGUUGCUAUAAUGGAAAAAUGGUUACAGCGAAUACGAAAUGUUUCGUUGAGUUAUUCAAGUAUGGAUUUUACGGAAUAUUUCGUCGACCAAGAGGAGUAUUACGUUCAUAUUUUGAUUCACGCAUAUAUGACCGUCCCAAUUUCCGUCGCUGUUCUCGUCUACUUUGAUAAUUUAGUUGGAACGAAGGUUCAUCAUGCUUGUGCCAUGUUUGAUAUUCUCAGUACUUAUUUAGAAAACAUCAAUGCUGGAAAAAUAAGUGAUGCUGGUAGCAAAGAAGAUUACAGUAGAAUUCAUAGGAACAUCGUGCGCUGCGUUAAUAUGCAUAAAAAUGCUCUAAAGUACGACUCCAAGUGGUAUAACCUCCCUUGUUCUCACCAAAAGCUCCUCAGUUUUCUGAUAAUGAAAAGUGUGACACCAAGUGUCAUUACUGCCGGUGGAAUGUAUAUUUUAUCACUUGAUACUUUCAGUAUCUUUGACCGUCUUAUUUUUUUGAUCGAGCGUGAUGGAAAGACUUUGGAAGUUAAUCAAGAUGUUGAAAUUAUGGACGAUUGGUUGAGAAAAAUCAAAAGUGUUUCAACGACUUAUACAACUUCUAUGUUCGGGAUCCUCGGAGUGUUUUUGAUCUCUCCAGCAUUUCCAAAAGUGCUGGACAUAAUAAACCCAUUGAACGAAUCCCGUCCGCUGUUACAAAUCUACGAAACAGAAUAUUUUGUGGAUGAAAACGAAACAUAUUUGAAGACAAUUCACGUAGAAAUUUGCGACGAACAAGUUGAGGUGAAAGAUAAAUCAAAGAAAAUAAUCCACUGCGUUCGCAUGCACAGAACUACUCUAGAAUUUGCCGAUGAAAUAGACUCGGCUUACAGCACGGCUUGGUUCAUCAUGCUGAUAACUUGUCUUGUAGGAAUGACCUUCACCGGAACAGCGACAGUUAUUAAGCUCAGUGAAACAAAUGAAGCGAUAAAGUAUGUUUCAUUUUGUAUGGGCCAUGCGUUCCAUCUUUACUUUACAAGUUUUCAAGGACAACUUCUUAUAGACAACAGUGAAGCGGUCUUUUAUGAUACUUAUUCGUCAGAGUGGUACAGAAUUCCCAUCUUCUACCAAAAACUCCUUAUUACAAUAAUGAUGCGAAGCAUGAAUCCCUGCAGAAUUUCAGCUGGAAAAGUAUACAUUCUCGCGAUGGAUACUUUCAGUUCAUCGCAAUAUACACACGCGACUGCAAUGAAUAUUCUGUAUACUCAACAUUACCGAGAAUUCAGAGUCGCCCUUAGUAUCCUGGGACAAUGGCCUUCUCAGCCGCCUUUUCAGCGAUAUUGCGCACGAUUUGUAGUACUUCUGGCGAUCUUUAGCAUUGUAACACCCAAGAUAAUCAAGUUUGUUGAAUGUAUUAGAGAUGUUGAUCUCGAUAAUCUUAUCGAAUGUCUGCCGAUGGUUAUGCUCCACUUGGCGAGUCUUAGCAAAUAUUUCAAUUGGAUUUUCAAUGAAAAAAAGGUUAACAAUAUGUUGUUUCUUAUUGAUCGGGAUGGACAAUCUUUAACAGUGGAACAAGAUAUUGGUAUCAUGAACAAAUGGUUAGAUCGCAUACGGAAAAUUACUUGGAGCUACACAAUUUCCAUGUUUUCAAUCCUCGCAUUGUAUCUCGCAUCCCCGGCAGUUCCAAAAAUACUCGACAUAGUUUCUCCACUGAAUGGAACACGUGAAAAAAUUUUUUUGUAUCAGACGGAAUACUUUGUCGACCAAGAUGAAUAUUACGUUCAUAUUUUGAUUCACGCUUACAUGACCGUACCGAUUUCCGUCGGUACUCUCGUCUACUUUGAUAACAUGCUGGCGACCAAUGUCGCUCACGCUUGCGCUAUGUUUGAUAUUGUCAGCGCUUAUUUGGGAAAAUUAAAUUACAAAAAAGUAAAUUUUGAAAAUGAUGAUGAUGAGAUAAGGAAAUUACGAGGGGAAAUUUGUCGGUGCGUUGACAUGCACAAAAAUGCUCUGAGAUUCUCUCGAAGUUUAGAGUCGUCAGUUUCAUUUGUUUUGUUAGUAAUUUUACUGUUUAAUUUAUUGAUCCUCACUGUGACUGGAAUGGUGACAACUAUGAAAUUAGAUCAACUCAGCGAAGCGCUAAAAUUCGCUGCAUUCACACUCGGCGCCGUGUUCCAUCUUUUUUACACCAGUUUGCACGGCCAAGAUCUUAUUCAACAGAGUAAAAAAGUAUUCCAUGCUGCUUACAUGUCACAGUGGUACAACUUACCCCCUCAAUGCCAAAAACUCCUCAUUCCAAUAAUGAUGAAAAGCAUGACACCGUGCACAGUAACAGCCGGAAAAAAAUUCGUACUCUCCAUGGAAACUUUUAGUGCUUCAAAAAUCGAUGUCAUUCUUCACUGUCCUGUCGUCAACUCGUUAAUCCACAAAUUUUUGAUACUCUUAAUAUUUUAA